UUUGGCUUCCCUUGUGCCGGUAUAUCCCUGCUCCUGCCCUUCUUCUUUACCGCGCCUCUUGCAUCUCUUGCCUCAGUUGCCUUACUGACGUACCUCCAUAGCUUGUCACACUUUCCACUGUCCCGGCUCCAAGCUUUCUAAGCAACUCGCAAUUCCCCUCCCACCUCUCUCACCCUCUGUCUUGCGGAGACUACUCUUGUCUCCGUCACAAUCUCCUCCCGAACGUUUCAUACCUCAUUUCCGGUACUUUGGCCGCCUGUAAGUUCGCGUUCGGGAAGUUGCGUCACGCCAGCUGUAUUCCCCGUAUGUUGUUGGUUGUUAUUUCCUGUAUUGGAUGCAUCACUUGCCCAGAUGUGCUUCAAAUCAGCAGAGAAUCCAGCAUGAGGACCAACAGAGUAUACAAGCUAGUCAUCCACAAGAAAGGCUUUGGGGGCAGUGAUGAUGAGUUGGUGAUAAACCCCAAGGUCUUUCCAUAUAUUAACCUGGGGGACAUUGUUGAAAUUGCUCACCCAAAUGAUGAAUACAGUCCCCUUCUCCUGCAGGUGAAGUCACUAAAAGAAGAUUUGCAAAAAGAAACUGUUAGUAUUGACCAAACCGUAGCCCAAGUGUUUCGCCUACGGCCAUACCAGGAUGUUUAUGUCAAUGUUGUUGACCCUAAGGAUGUGACUCUUGAUCUUGUGGAGUUAACAUUUAAGGACCAGUAUAUAGGUCGUGGAGAUAUGUGGAGGCUAAAAAAGAGUUUGGUCAGCUCCUGUGCUUACAUAACUCAGAAAGUGGAGUUUGCUGGAAUUCGAGCACAAGUUGGAGAAUUAUGGGUUAAGAGCGAGAAAGUCACCUGUGGGUACAUCAGUGAAGACACACGAGUUGUAUUCAGGUCCACAUCGGCCAUGGUGUAUAUAUUUAUACAAAUGAGCAGUGAACUGUGGGACUUUGAUAUCUAUGGUGAUCUGUAUUUUGAGAAGGCAGUAAAUGGAUUUCUGGCUGAUCUCUUCAACAAAUGGAAGGACAAGAACUGCAGUCACGAGGUUACAGUGGUUCUAUUCUCUAGGACCUUUUAUGAUGCAAAGAAUAUUGAGGACUUUCCAGAAGCACACCGUAAUGCGUCCGUCAUGCAAGAUCACAAGGGCAGAUUCUAUGAAGACUUCUACAAGGUGGUUGUACAAAAUGAAAGGCGAGAAGAAUGGACUUCAUUGCUAGUCACUAUUAAGAAACUUUUUAUUCAGUACCCAGUGCUUGUACGACUGGAAAAUGCAGAGGGCUUUCCCCCAGGGCAUAAUUCUACUUCAGAUCAAGGAAAUUAUCUAGAGGCCAUUAACCUGUCCUUUAAUGUGUUUGACAAGCAUUAUAUAAAUCGCAACUUUGACCGAACUGGUCAGAUGUCUGUUGUGAUCACUCCAGGUGUUGGUGUUUUCCAAGUGGAUCGUUCACUAAUGAUUCUGACCAAGCAGCGAAUGAUUGAUAAUGGGAUUGGUGUGGAUCUGGUAUGUAUGGGAGAGCAGCCGCUUCAUGCUGUUCCACUUUUCAAGCUGCACAAUCGUUCCAGUCCAGGAGAUUCACGUCUUGGAGAUGAUUAUAACAUCCCUCACUGGAUUAACCAUAGCUUCUACACAUCGCAGAGCCAGCCUCUAAAUAACAGCUUUACCCCACGCAUCAAACUGGCACCUCGCAAGACAAAUAGUGAGAAAGGAAGGACUGGAAAAGACCCAUCCAUAGGAAGCCCCAAAGAGACAGAGAAUGCUCUUCCCAUACAAGUAGACUACGAUGCUUAUGACUCACAGGUCUUCCGAUUACCAGGUCCAUCCAGGGCACAGCGAAGCAUAACUUUCAGGGCAGUGCGAGAGACACAAGUUCGAAAAAGUUCUUGUUCCUAUGACACAUCCUGUAGCCCAGUCAGUCGGCCAUUUACAGCAGAGGAAGGCCGUAGCCAAAAUUCAGAUGAGAGCUCUUUGGGAAAACUCUCCAACAUCCUACUUAUCCCAAGGCCACAUCUGCAUCAAUAUGAGGCCAGCAGCUCUUUGGGUUAUACUAGCACAAGAGAUUUCUUGGAGAGGAUGAUUGAAUCCCAACAGCGAGACUCAAGUGCUCCUGGCAGAUUCCAUGUGGGCAGUGCAGAAUCCAUGUUACACGUCCGACCUGGGGGAUACCACCCGCAGAGAGCACUCAUCAACCCAUUUGCACCUUCACGUAUGCCAAUGAAACUGACAUCAAAUCGCAGGAGGUGGAUGCACACAUUUCCAGUGGGCCCAUCUGGAGAAGCAAUACAAAUACAUCACCAAACUCGUCAGAAUAUGGCAGAGCUACAGGGUAGUGGCAUGCGUGAGGCAUCUCAUUCUUCUGCAGAGUUGCUAGAAUUGGCUUACCAUGAAGCCACUGGCAGACACAGUGGCCCUCGCACCCCUGGGGAAAAUGGCUCUUGUGGGAGCAAUGAAGAAUUCUCCUGCAACACACCCAUCAAUGGGCAGAGGAACCACAAUACAGGGUCUAAUCACAGGGAGAAAGAGUCCUCUGAUGACAGCGUACCAUGCUGCCCAGAACCCAUUUUGAUGCUGUCUGCUCCCCCCGUAGUGCCUGGUUUCUGCUGCACGGUUGGGGUGGAUUGGAAGUCCCUCACCACCCCAGCCUGCCUGCCGCUUACCACAGACUACUUCCCAGAUAGGCAAAGUCUACAAAAUGAUUACACAGAGGGAUGCUAUGACCUUCUGCCAGAAGCUGACCUUGACAGACGAGAUGAAGAGGGAGCUCAGAUGACUGCACAACAAGUUUUUGAAGAGUUUAUCUGCCAACGUCUUAUGCAAGGUUAUCAAAUUAUUGUUCAGCCAAAACACCCAAAAGCCAUCUCCUCUGUUCCUCCUCCACUCAGCAGCAGCCCGCUUUACAGAAGAGGGCUGGUGUCAAGGAACAGAGCUGAAGAGGAGAACCAGUACUGGCUGAGUAUGGGCCGAACCUUCCAUAAGGUGACACUAAAGGACAAGAUAAUAACAGUCACUAGAUAUCUACCCAAGUAUCCAUAUGAAUCUGCCCAAAUCAGCUACAUGUACAGUCUGUGCCCAUCACACUCUGAGUGUGAUUUUGUGUCCAGCUGGGUGGAAUUCUCCCAUGAGCGACUGGAGGAUUAUAAAUGGAACUAUUUGGAUCAGUAUAUAUGCUCAGCUGGCUCUGAAGAUUUCAGUCUCAUCGAAUCCCUAAAGUUUUGGCGCACACGUUUCCUUUUGCUCCCUUCUUGUGUGGGACCCACAAAACGCAUCACUGAGGGGGAACAACGCUGUGAUAUAUAUGGUGAACGCCCUCGAUCAGAACAAGAGGAAGCACAGUUGUUAGACGGCUUUUUACGCUUUGUGGAGGGGCUAAACCGAAUCCGUCGACGCCACCGUUCUGAUCGCAUGAUCCGGAAAGGAGCAGGUAUGAAGGGCCUGCAAUUGCCUUCUCAUCCGCCAGAACCUCCAGGUCCACCUAUAGGGAAGAAAGGAACAUCAGCACUAUCAGCAUUGCUUGAGAUGGAAGCUAAUCAAAAGAGCCUGGGGGAGCAGCAAGCCCUUGUACAUGCUGCAAAAUUGUCAUCUCAGGUCUCAGACCCUGCGGUAACUCCCACUUAUGUGGACAGUCCUCGUAAGGAUGGGGCCUUCUUUGUGGAGUUUGUACGCAGUCCACGCACAGCGCCUUCCUUCACUCCUCAGAUCUCCAUUGACCAAGGAACUUCUUUAGUGACUGAUGGAAAUAAUGCCAUGCCUAACCCUACCCCUUCUGAAAGAAUACAGAGUCAGGGUGCAACCUCUGUAGAUCAGCCCCCCACUUCAACUGAAUGCAGUGCACAGCAGAUAUCUGUGGGUCCAAGUGUAUUACCAACCACUGCCAGUCUGAGUGAGAUUCUGGAGGCUAUGAAACAUCCAACUACAGGCAUCCCUCUCCUGUCAGAGCAGAAGUGCCUUCCUCCUGGUUGCUUUAUCAGUGCUGAGGCUGUGCAUUGGCUGGUCAAUAAUAUUAGCUGGGUGCAAAGUCAGGUUAUGGCCAUGGAUAUCAUGCAGAAGAUGCUUGAAGAGCAGUAUAUCACACAUGCUUCAGGAGAGACAUUUAGAACUUUCAUCUAUGGCUUUUACUUGUACAAGAUCCCAGCUGACAAGGAGCCUGACAGAGCAUCAAACCUGGUACAGCCAUGCGUGUGGCAUUCCACAGCCAUGGAGGAUUUCACAGCCUUCCAACGGAAGUGGUUUGAGGUUGCAUUGGUGGAGGAAGAGCUACUGCACUCCGAGAUCCCACCUUUUCUUUUGCCGUGGUUACCUAGUCGCCCCGCAUCUUAUGCAAGUAGGCACAGCUCCUUUAGCCGCAGCUUCGGAGGAAGGAGCCAGGCCGCUGCUCUGCUAGCUGCUACAGUGCCAGAGCAGAGAACGGUCACUUUAGAUGUGGAUGUUAAUAACCGCACUGACCGGCUAGAAUGGUGCAGCAGCUACUAUCACGGAAACUUCUCCUUGACUGCUGCUUUUGAGAUCAAACUGCACUGGAUGGCAGCAACUGCAGCAAUGCUAUUUGAGAUGGUUCAAGGAUGGCACAGAAAAGCUCCGUCCUGCGGUUUCCUCCUAGUACCUGUUGUAGAAGGCCCUUUUUCUCUCCCUAGUUACUUGUAUGGGGAUCCUUUGCGUGCUCAGCUUUUUAUUCCACUUAAUAUCAGCUGCUUAGUAAAAGCUGAGAAUGACCAUCUUUUUGAAGGUUUUGAACCAGAAACUUACUGGGAACGAAUGUACUUGCUACAGGAAGUAAUAGCUUAUAGAUUUGGCUUUAUUCAGGACAAAUAUUCAGCAUCUGCAUUUAACUUCCCAUCAGAGAAUAAACCACAAUAUAUACAUGUGACAGGUACUGUAUUCUUACAGCUGCCUUACUCAAAGCGGAAAGGACAGCAGAGACGUAGGAGGAAUUCGACCAGCUCUUCUACUCAGAACCUUUUUGGAGAAGAACGCAUAGGGUAUAAUUGGGCCUACAAUACCAUGCUGACUAAAACGUGGCGCUCCAUUGGUACAGGAGAUGAGAGGUUUGCUGACCGACUGCUUAAAGACUUUACUGACUUCUGUGCCAACAGAGAUAACAGGUUAGGCACAUUCUGGGCAAACUGCUUGGAGAAAAUGAACACAAGUGCGCCUUAGAUAUGCCUGCAGUAUCUACGCUGAACAGGAGGAUUGCAAGGAGAUUGCAACCAAAGUCAAGACAACAGUGUCUAUGGUGCAUAGACAGUCUCUCCUCCAAGAGGAGCAUACUCUGUGCCUUUUCCAUUCGUUGCUAACGUGUGUAGAAGUAGUUCUUGCGUUGACCAACCUAAGUUGUAAAAUAUCAUAUUCACUAUGAUAGUGGUUCAAGCUUAUUGGACAUUCUUUACAAAGACCAGUUCACUUAGGAUUGUCUUGAAAAUGUAAAGCGUAAAAGCAGUGUUGCACUUUAAAAAUAGCUGACACUGGAUUAUGGCUCAUGAAAGGGCAGUGCUGAAGCUGUGCCCUGGCUAAAUCCUUGUAGUUUCCCCACAGAGUAGUGCUGGUCGAUUUGUAUAUAUACUGGUCUCUCUCCAUGUUAAUGGGAGAAUAACUUAUGUUCUCAGUUAACCAUGAAGGCUGUGCCUCUGCCCUUGGGGGCCUUGGCUUAAAGUGAAGGAUACAUGCCAUACUGAUGCAGUUGCACAGUGCCCAGACAGCAGGCUGCCAAACAGAUCAGUGGCUGCUUCUAGAGAAGUGUUUGGCAUGCUAUGAUGUAACAUCUAUACAGGUACAUUGCUGCUUCUGAAACAAAAUGUAUAGCAGAUUUACCAGCUCUGCAUAAAGCUUAUGGCAGGUGUGGAAAUUCAUCACACAGUGCUUGAAGAGAAACUGUUGCCAUAGGCCCGUAUGCUUAGGGACGGGAUUUGGAGGUAUUUUAUGGCAAUAACCUUGGAAGUGCGCAUUGUUAUUCCAGAAAGCUGACAAGAAUGUACCUGAGAUUCCUUGUGUGAAAUACUGAUGUAGAACGCUGCAUAAUAAAGCUGGGCUUUGUAACGGGA